AGCAUAGUCCCGGACAUCGCCAUCGAGAACGUCCUCUACGACGUCAAAACCGUCGCGGCGACGACCGAGCAUUACGCGCCGGGCCAUAUCGAGGCCUACAUGAGGGCGGAGCACAAGCGCGGUAAUGCGCCGGUUGAUAGACGCGCCCGUCUCGUGAACGGGCAGUACCUGAAAAAGGCCCACAAGCUGGAUAUGAAGUACAACUCGGUCGGGGGCGUCGAGUGCGGUCCGAUGGAGAACGCCAUCCGGAGCCGCGGCGAGGUUUGUGGUCUCGCGUUCGGCAGCGCCGGCGAGGCGUCCGCGGACGUCCAUCGCCUCGCACGCGUCUGCGCCGACGAGAUCGCCGGCAAGCAGUUCCGAAAGGGCCUGAUCGACGCUGAUUCGGUCGAGGACGCGGCGGCCAUGAUUCAGGCCCAGAUCUACCGGGAGUGGGGCGUGGCGAUUGUCAAGGGUCGGGCCGAGUGUCUACUGGCUUUGUUGGAAUGUACGGUACCGAACGCGUCGCCGCGGUCCAAGGUCGCCUGCGGGAAGUCGCGGGACAAGUUGAUUGAACGGGCGAACGUUGCACAUUGUUCGGGGGGGUUUGCCGAGGCGGUUCAGCUUAGAAGGAGGUACGCUGCUAUGAAAGAAGCGGCCCGCGCCCGCCGCCGAUGA